UUGAUGUCAAACCAUCCACGCAACUUUGCCUAGCAACAAAACUGCGCAACUUAGCAAGCGCAAACAGACCCAGAAAAGAGUCGCAACGAGGAAGAGAGAUCCAGAGAUGAAGCAAGCCCUGGUAAAGUAAAAGAAAAUGGUAGCAAUGAGGAAGAACAAGGGCCAUGUCGUCGCAGUACCUUUCCCGGCCCAAGGCCAUAUGUCGCCAAUGCUCCAUCUUUGCAAGCGCAUCGCGGCCGAUGGCUACCGCGUCUCGUUCGUCAAUCCCAGCAGCAUACACGAGCAGAUGGUCCGCCACUGGAAGCCAUCGCCAGGCCUGGACAUCCACCUGGAUCAGCUCCCAUUCUCAGUCCACAUCCCCCACGGCAUGGACACUUACGCAGCGCUCAACUUGAGCUGGUUCUUCGACGAGCUCCCCACCAUGUCCGCCUCGCUCGCCGAGCUCCUCCACAGAUUCUCGGACGAGGGAGCUCCGGCUUGCUGCAUCAUCUCGGAUAUCUUCCUGCCGUGGACUCAGGACGUCGCCAACGAAGCUGGAAUCCCGCGAGUUGUCCUCUGGGCGUCUGGUGCGACGUGGUCGGUGUUCGAGACCUAUGCAAAGGAGCUGUCAGAGAGAGGUCACUUGCCAUUGAAAGACUCGGAUGUUUUCGAUGAUAGCUGCACCAUCGACUAUCUUCCGGGAGUCACUCCGCUUCCAGCAUCCGCCAUCCCGUUUUACAUGAGAAUCACCGAAAAACGCUGGGUGGAGCUCAUACUAGAGAGGUGUGAAAGCAUCUGGCGUCGAGAAACUCCGUGGAUACUUGUCAACUCUUUCUACGAGCUGGAGCAGAUCACUUUCGACUCGAUGGUUAAGGAGUUUGGCGAGAACUACGUCCCGAUCGGCCCACUGUUCUUGCGUGACGGUCGUGACGGUGAGUCGGCAGGGCCCGAAAAUGUCUUGCUGCGCGACCAGAGUAUGGAAUCGCUGGAGUGGCUCGACCAGCAGAAGGAAUCGUCGGUGCUCUACAUAUCCUUCGGUAGCAUCGCCGCUCUUAGCAAGGAACAGUUUGAAGAACUGUCUGGAGCUCUUGAGGACUUGCAGCAGCCGUUCCUGUGGGUAGUGCGGCCGGAGCUCUUCACAAACUUCACGCCGGAGUUCCAAACUUCAUAUGCGAGCUUCUGCGAGAGGACCAAGGCGCUGGGAAUGGUGAUACCUUGGGGAACACAGCUGCAAAUCCUACAGCACCCGGCUCUUGGAGGAUUCCUCACACACUGCGGCUGGAACUCCAUCAUUGAGAGCAUUGCCAAUGGCGUUCCUAUGAUUGCUUGGCCGUGGGGAGCGGAGCAGAACACCAACGCCAAGCUCAUAACAGUCGACUGGAAAGUUGCCUCCAAACUUCCAACCAGGGGUUACUUCGAGCUCGUCCCGAAGUCCGAGAUUGCCAAGGCCAUCAAAGCCGUGACGGACGACGGGCAGGAGCGGGCUGUCCUCCAAGAAAACGUACAGCGUCUGAAGAAGCUGGCCAGGAAAGCCAUUCUCGACGGAGGGCAGUCUUUGUUGAAUCUGGAGAAGUUCCUUGACCAGAUCGGUCAAUGGGCUUCUUGAAAGCUGUUCUCGAUACGUUCUUCGCUGACCAGCGAAUAAUAGCUUGUUGCAUUCA